AGUCCCUAAGCUUACACGCUAAGUAAAUUACCGUCUCAUAACAGAGUCAUGAGGCCAUGAAAUGUUCCAUAUUUCAUGUACAUCUUUAUCUCCACGCUGAAUGAAGUCUAGUGCGGUAGCAGUCUACUGUUUGCCGUUCCCGCCUUCGUGCUGGUAUAGCUGCGCAUAGUCCACUAGGCUUCGCAUGUGUGCAGCGCUGCAAAGUGCCGGCCCGCCUCAGUGUACUUAGGGACAGCACAGGGCACUCUCCUCACUGUGGUUCUCACGCUAUGCUCCGUCGAUGGUGGCGCAGGCUCGUGUCACGGAAGCGUGGGAUGAAACUUUCGCCUGUCCUGGAAUUGGACUCGGUAGCUCCAUCUCGACUGGACCAAAACUCCAACACUGCAGUCGUUCUGAAGAACGACACUGACAUUGCGACCGCUGUGAACGUUGCUCAUUUCGAAGAUAAUACCGACACUGCGGCAGGGCUGGAUGAUGGUAUUGAUGCUGUGCCAGUGCUGGAAGAUGGUACAGAUACUGCGCCUUUACGGGAAAAUGCCACUGAAAUACAAGACUUGGAAACGUGUACCAGCGGUGGUCAUAUUCUCGAAGAUGGGGCCAAUGUUGCCUACCGAUUGGAAGCGAGUUCUAACGCUGUGCCGGUUCCGGAAAAUAAUCUAAGUACAGCACCUGUUCUCCCGGAAGAUUUAAGUACUGUGGCUACAAGGGCGACAGACGAACGUGAGGGUGAUAACAUGUUGGAGCAGUCAUUUCAGAGUGAGCGAAGAAGUUCAAGUGGCAGUGUUAUUCUUAGAGACUCAGGUUUUGAAACAUGGUCCGAGACGGGAGAAUACAGUGGAGGCUUUUGGAGAGAGAGAUACGAACAUAGGCACAAAACACUAGCCAACGACGCUAUUGACAGAGGAUGUCCAGAUCAACUGAUUAAAGCUCUGCGCGCUUUGGGGUCAACCAACCGCGAUCUGCCUCUGGAAUCGGCACCGCCACUUCACUUCGCAGCUGCUGCAGCACAUUUGAGAGCGCUCGACUACUUAAUCAGCCUGAACUGCGACGUGAACGCGUGUGACGACCAGCAGAACACUGCCCUUCACGUUGCAGCCAGCAAAGGAUCUGAGGAAGUAGUGAGGAAGCUGGUCAGCGCAGGUGCUUCUGUAGCGGCGGCGAAUGCAGACGGGACAUCGGUGGCGCACUGGGCUGUCCGCUUCGAUAACGCUGAUCUACUUCCAGUGCUGAAGGAUCUGGGUGCCAGCGUCAACACUGCAGACGUCGCUGGCAACACGCCGCUCCACGUGGCAGCCCAGACGCUGGCGUACAGGUCUCUGACCAGGCUGCUGUACUUGGGCGCCGACGUGUCCGUCCCCAACCGCAGCGGCAACACUCCGCUGCAUGUGGCCGCCGCGAAUGACUUCUCAAAUGCUGUCCUCGCGUUGGUGGUGUCAAAUGCGGACACGAGAUCCCGCAACAGUCAGGGGAAGACACCUUUACACGAGGCGGUUUUCUGCGGCAGUAUCGAAUCGCUGGAAGUAAUGCUGACAGCCCAGAUGGACAAGGAGUGUUGCGAUAAUCUGCAGCAGACGCCCCUGCUUACGGCUUGCCGUAGACGCCAAGUUCCGGCCGUGAGGCUUCUGUUAAACUACGGCGCAAACGUGCGUCACGUGGACAGUUCACUGAACACUGCCUUGCACCUGGCAGCUCAAGCGGGCGACGGGAACAUCACGCAGACCUUGAUAAGUUACGGUGCUGAAGUCAAUGCCGCCAAUGCUGAGGGGCUAACGCCAUUGCACUAUGCAGCGUUUGGUAAUAAAGAAGACGCGCUGUUUCCUCUUCUCCUAACACCAGGUCUGAACGUGGACGCUGUGGACCAGAAAGGCAACACUGCCCUUCACCUGGCGGCGUACACGGGAUCGGAGACGGCUGUGAGUUACCUUGCGCUAUCUAGCGCCACGCUGUUACCAAACAACAAAGGGAAAACACCAGUGGACAUGGCAAGAGAGCGGGGGCAUAGGCGGGUAGCAGCCUGGCUUAGGCACAACGCUCUCUCCCACGCUAUCUGAUGAGUGUUCCUUUAAUUAAAUGUCCUCUUCGUCUGCGGUGAGGACCAAACGCAUGAAUUGUUACAUGAUUUCAGCAUGAAAACUACCAUCACUUUACCGCAGGAUACUGGGAGAAGCAUUUGUAUAUCUCCUAACAGAGAAACGUGCUUAUAGCAUGUCAUUUAUGAUGAUUUUAAAUAAAUGUCUUGGGAACACACAAAAUUGUUCUUAAAUUUUUUAUAUACUAUGAAUGGUGUUCAGUAAGUAAUGCAACACAUUUCCUGAAAGCAGGUUGGGUUUAUUAAGAAUUUCCGUACACCAUUUUAUUUCCCCCCCCCCCCCCCCCCCUGUACGGUAGCAAUGGAAUAGUGCUGGUAGGAUUUACAGGAAUACGGAAUCACAUCCUUCUGAACGAACUUCAGUGCUUCUAUUAACCUCCUGUUAGCCUCAAAACACAAUCCAUAAAACAAUAUCACACAAUGUUGUCUUUAUAAAACUUUUAACGUCAGUGAGCAGAAAAAAAUUGUUUCAAUUUACAUUCUCUUUACCUGCCAGAAAAACUACUACAGCAGCUAAUCACACAGUGUGAUGUGAAGAUACUUCAAAUAAACCACAACUAGUUUCAAAAUAUGUACUGGACUCAGUGCUCUGUAUUUACAUGGCAAUUUAAUGCGCGCGCAGAUAAUCGUCAAACAAAUCUCGUUAACUAUCGUGGUAGACAGAAGUCUCAAAUAUGUCACUAGCACGUAACAAGAAGAAAAUGUGGAUUUAAGCAUCGACUUCAGCGUCUUGCAUUUCAGAAUAAAUUAUAUUAAAAUGGCCACAGAUACCCCUACAAAAGAGACAAGUCCAUUACUACACUGAAUUGAUAGCUGAUGAGUUAACAUUUCCCAUAUACAGCCUCCUUCUAAACUGUAAAAACACAUUUUUUCAACAAUAAUCAAAUAAAUAAAAGAAUAGACAGUAUUGAGCUGUAGGGAUGGGCUAUGAUCGCGCUUGAGAAACGCGCUACGCGAAGGCAAUUUCUCGAGAAUUUCUCGGGUACACUCGAGAAAUUGACAGUGCUGUGCUCUCUGAGAAAUGGCGCAAACCUUCAGUACACGAAGCACUGAGCCGCAGCGGUCGUACUCGUCGUACGUACGUGCUCGGAAAACUUUGAAAUUCUAUGAUUCAUAUCAACUGUACUACCGUGAUUGUUUACUGAAGUAUUAGUAUACACGCCUGGGAAUGGAAAAAAGAAUACAUUGACACCGGUGUGUCAGACCCACCAUACUUGCUCCGGACACUGCGAGAGGGCUGUA